UACAGUUUUGCCAUCUACCAAGUGUAAAUUCAAUUCCAAGAAUGAGUAACUAAAGGCAGCUCAAAAGAUGUCAGUUGAUGUAAGACAAAGCUUGCAUUGUAAGGUGCUGAUAGCUACACUGAUUGUGUUUGCUGUAGACCUGAGUAGCAGCGGAAGAGGUGCACAGGCAUGGACAUACAACUACCGCACUGGUCCAAACCAGACCUGGCAUGAGGCUCGCCAGUGGUGCCAGAAGUACUUCAUAGACAUGGUUGCCAUUCGGAACCCAGAGGAGAGUGAUUUUCUCAACAAUCUGCUGCCAUUUAAUGAAAAAUAUUACUGGAUUGGAAUUCAGAGAGUGGCUGGGUUGUGGACCUGGGUAGACACCAGUCAGAAUAUACCCGAAGCGGCUCAAAAUUGGGCAACAGCAGAGCCAGAUAGCCUACCCCGUCAGGACUGUGUGGAAAUAUACAUUAAGAGGGGGAUAGACACAGCCAAGUGGAACAAUGAGAAAUGCCAUAACAAGAAAGGAACAAUCUGCUACACUGCCUCAUGCAAACAGAAGUCCUGUAGUGCUCACGCAGACUGUGUGGAAACCACUGGAAACUAUACCUGCAAGUGCCAUCCUGGUUUCCAAGGCCCACGAUGUGAAGAGGCAAUCACAUGCAAACCCUUAUCACAUCCAGACCAAGGCUCUCACCACUGUUCCCAUCCCUAUGGGUCUAAUCGUUUCAACUCUUCCUGCCAUUUUCUCUGUAAAGUUGGCUUUCGGUUAGUAGGCACGCCCCAACUGAUUUGCCAAGCCACUGGACACUGGAACCACCCUGUUCCUCUGUGUCAAGCUGCACAGUGUCCAUAUUUGAAACACACCGACUUCAGUGGUGGUAGCGUGAACUGCAGCCACCCCAUCGCACCAUUCAGCUACAACUCAACAUGUGAGUUCAGGUGUGAUGAAGGUUAUGAACUGAUUGGGCAGGACCAGACAAUCUGUGACCACACUGGCCAAUGGACAGCCAGUUUUCCAGCAUGUACAGUGAUAAAGUGCCCCCCCAUUUUCUCUCCUGUUAUGGGCAACAUGACCUGUGUGGAUCCUGUGGAGCCUUUCUCCUAUGGCUCAUGGUGUAACUUCACUUGCCAGGAGGGCUACUAUUUAACUGGGGACAAGGCACUCACCUGUCUGACCUCGAAACAAUGGAGCAAAUCUACACCUACAUGCAGGGUGGUGCAGUGCACCAGUCUUCAGGCACCACCCCAUGCCGAUAUGCAAUGCCAAGACCCUAUUAAAGAGCACAGCUACACCUCAAUCUGCACUGUUCAGUGUGAAGAAGGUUUUGAUCUAAUUGGUACAAAUAUGACAAAAUGUUCUUCCCAGGGUAACUGGAGUCACCCACUUCCUGUUUGCCAGGCUAAGAGAUGUAGUCCAAUCCAUUCUCCUCCUCAUGGCUCCAUAUCAUGUUCUGACCCAAAUGGUUCCUUCAGUUUUGGUUCUCGGUGCACAAAAACUUGUGAUGAGGGCUUUCUGCUGAAUGGGACGUCCAGCACUGCGUGCACCUUCAUGGGCAUGUGGACUGCAGAUAUUCCACCAUGCUUGGCUAAGAAAUGCCCCACCCUGAACUCUCCUGAUCACGGCUCUAUAGUUUGCUCUGAUCCUCAUGGGGAGUUCAGCUUUGGUUCUCGUUGCACGACAAUCUGUGAUGAUGGUUUUGUUUUGAAUGGCACUGCUGUCACUGAAUGCACCUCUAUGAGCACUUGGAGCACAGACAUCCCAUAUUGCUUAGCUAAGAAAUGCCCCACCCUGAACUCUCCUGAUCACGGCUCUGUAGUUUGCUCUGAUCCUCACGGGGAGUUCAGCUUUGGUUCUCGUUGCACGACAACCUGUGAUGAAGGUUUUGUCUUGAAUGGCACUGCUGUCACUGAGUGCAGCUCUACGACGAACUGGACCACAGACAUACCAUAUUGCUUAGCUAAGAAAUGCCCCACCCUGAACUCUCCUGAUCACAGCUCUAUAGUUUGCUCUGAUCCUCACGGGGAGUUCAGCUUUGGUUCUCGUUGCACGACAACCUGUGAUGAAGGUUUUGUCUUGAAUGGCACUGCUGUCACUGAGUGCACUUCUAUGAGGAACUGGACCACAGACAUCCCAUAUUGCUUAGCUAAGAAAUGCCCCACCCUGAACUCUCCUGAUCACGGCUCUGUAGUUUGCUCUGAUCCUCACGGGGAGUUCAGCUUUGGUUCUCGUUGCACGACAACCUGUGAUGAAGGUUUUGUCUUGAAUGGCACUGCUGUCACUGAGUGCACUUCUAUGAGGAACUGGAGCACAGACAUCCCAUAUUGCUUAGCUAAGAAAUGCCCCACCCUGAACUCUCCUGAUCACGGCUCUAUAAUUUGCUCUGAUCCUCAUGGGGAGUUCAGCUUUGGUUCUCGUUGCACGACAACCUGUGAUGAUGGUUUUGUUUUGAAUGGCACUGCUGUCACUGAAUGCACCUCUAUGAGCACUUGGAGCACAGACAUCCCAUAUUGCUUAGCUAAGAAAUGCCCCACCCUGAACUCUCCUGAUCACGGCUCUGUAGUUUGCUCUGAUCCUCACGGAGAGUUCAGCUUUGGUUCUCGUUGCACGACAACCUGUGAUGAAGGUUUUGUCUUGAAUGGCACUGCUGUCACUGAGUGCAGCUCUACGACGAACUGGACCACAGACAUCCCAUAUUGCUCAGCUAAGAAAUGCCCCACCCUGAACUCUCCUGAUCACGGCUCUGUAGUUUGCUCUGAUCCUCAUGGGGAGUUCAGUUUUGGUUCUCACUGCACAACAACCUGCAAGGAGGGUUUCUUGUUGAAUGGGACAGCUGACACUGAGUGCACCUUUCAGAGCCACUGGAGCGCUGAUAUCCCUCAGUGCCUGGCUAGGCGAUGCCCCACUCUGAACUCACCCUCUCAUGGUUCCUUAGCCUGCUCCAGUCCCCAUGGAGAUUAUAGUUUUGCUUCUGUGUGCACAUCAACGUGUGCAGAGGGUUUUGUUCUAAAUGGUACAGCUAUCACAGAGUGCACACUUCAGGGCACGUGGAACAGAGACGUUCCAAAUUGCUUUGCUAAAAGUUGCCCUCCUCUCACUCCUCCUGCUCAUGGGUCUUUAGUCUGCUCUGAUUCUCAUAGUGAGUUCAGUUUUGGCUCUAGAUGCACAUCAAGCUGUGUGGACGGCUUUUUUCUGACUGGGACAGCUGACACUGAAUGCACCUCUGCAGGUGCAUGGAGCAGAGGAAUGCCAGACUGUAAGGCACGUCAGUGCCCCCUGCUGGCCAAAGCGCCACAGCAUGGGAGGAUGAACUGUAGCCAUCUGAACUCUCCUUUCAGUUAUGGCUCACAAUGUGACUUUGAAUGCAAUAAGGGUUUCUGGCUGAAAGGAACAUCUUCUAUGGCCUGCAACACCUCAGGCCAGUGGAGUCAAGAUCUACCAACCUGCCAGCCUGUACAGUGUAAGGCCAUCAGAGCCUUCUCUUCAGUGCUGUCUAUGAAUUGCUCGCAUCCUCUUGGGAAUUUCAGCUUUGGCUCUAAAUGCCUUUUCACCUGUAAAGAUGGAUUCACCCUGAAUGGCACAGCAGUGCUACUUUGCUCUGCCACUGGGAUUUGGAGUGACAGCCUGCCGAGCUGCACAGGUAUGUCGUUUGGGACUGCCAUGUUGUUAUAUACUGGUGCAGGGACAGGAACUGCUGUUGUGAUACUCCUCCUGAUAGGACUGGCUAUGUUGAUCAUGACACAAUUUAAGAAAAGAGGAAAUAAUAUUGUGUCUGAUGUCCCGACAUGGGGAGAGAGAGAAAAUCCAGCAUUUGAAUUUUGACUUUUUGUUCCGUUUUUGAGAUGUGAUUUUACUUAAUGCUUGCUAUAAUUAUUAUGAGAAGCAUCGUAGUUAUUGUACCAUCUUUCUCCCACUUAAUCCAUAACAUUUCAUAUUACAGACACAAAGUAUAUCUAAAGCUAUUGCACUGGAUCCUGCUCAU